GUCUUCCGUUAGUUUAUCCAAGCAGAAUCAUUUUUUAAAAAUGCCGUCGAGGGCCCCAUUAACAUGUUUAAUUUAAUUAAUUCAUCAAUAUUAAGAUAUUUCGUCAAGUAAACAAAGCAAAGUAGUUUCAAAAUGGCAGGUUUCAAGACUAGUGAUAAAGGAACAGAGGAAGUUCUGGGUCUCUCAUUAAACAAAGCGGUCGAGGAUGUCAGCCACCACAGCACCAUCCAGACUGAGGCACUGAAAGAGAAGCAGAAGAUACUCAGCUCUCUGCAGGCCAAUCUUACAGAUGUUGAAAGAAGAAGUGAGGUGGUAGAGCAGCAGCUGAAAACAACAGUGAGGGAGAUACUCCUGUUGGAGAUCAGCAUGGAAGACCUGGAGCAGCAUACAAAAUGCCUACAUGAUCGGUGUGUUUCCAUCAGCAAAGAGAAUACAGAACUCAAGAUUCAUGUACACGGGGAGGAGGAGAAGGCUCAUGUGGCACUGGUAAAGUUCACUGACUACCGAACCAAGAUGGAGAGUCACAGAGCUGCUGUUUUGCACAUGAUGAGCCAAACAGAGGUCUUUAAGAACAUUGAAGAGAAGAGAGCGCUGGUCAGGAAUUUGAAACUCUGGAAAGAUGAGCUGAAGAAAGAUCUAGAAAGCUCUGAUGGAAAAACAGUGUGUACGGCACAGAGAGAAAAUGAUGCUCUGAAAGAAAAGAUCUGUCUUAUGAAAAAGGCUGUAGCCAAGAAGACAGAGCUUUUGCAGAAAGAGCUUGAAACUCAGACAGGAAUGAAGAAAGAAAUUGAGAUCCAGAACAAACGAUAUGAAGCUAUUGUCAAACGCCUCAACUGUCAACUGAGCCGAGCUCAGGCCGUCCACAGGCAAGUGUCUGAAAAAAUCUGCAACAUGCAGAUUCAACUCGCUGAGCUCAAGAAACAGUACGAAUUGUCCCAGAAUUCAGUGGGCGGUGGCAACUGAACAGCACCCCUGCUCCGUGUGGUGUUGUCGGUUUAAAGACUUGGUCGGUUUGUUUCCAGAAGAUUUGUUGGUGUUCAUAGAUAUGAACACAAGAGGGCAGCAUUGUAAUCAAAAUGGUAAUCUGUUGAGAUGAACGGUUAAAUAUAGUGUUUUGUUUAUUAUGUGAAUAAAAAUGUAUACUGAAAAAUAAAUAAAUAUAUAUUAUUCUCACAUUUCCGUCAUGUUAUUAGCAGUAUCAUGUAUUACUAAGAGAUAAUGUCUUUACAGAGUUUUGAUGUUGACACCCACCAUCUUGUCCAGAAUGUCGUCAAACCCUUACCACCAUUGGGGCAGUGGUGUUGUGGUACAAACUGUUCUUAGUGUCCGCUUCACUGGGUCGCUUGACAGCAUACAAUGUGGCAGUCCUAUGGCGCACUAACAAAAGUGUGACGAUGUU